AUGUGGCAUCCCGCUCUGACAGCCUUCGGGGUCCUACACUUCGCAUCCUUUAUUAAUCUUUUCACUUCCAAUGCAUUGCGCGUUGCAAAAACAGUAUUGAUGCGGCACACUGUCGGCUUACGCACCGACUUGACAACCAUCUUCCCCCCCCUCGCCCAAAGUAACGCUAUCCAAUACGAGCGCCGCAACCCAGCAGUCAAAACACCGGGAAUCCGAGUCCCGCGCGAAGGUCUCGAAUACUACAACCUUACCUCUGUACCUGUGGCAGAUGUGUUCGGGCCACGCGACAGAGCUGGGCGCGCACCAUGGGUUGCACCGCAUGAAAUCGAUCGGGCGAUGAAAUACAAAGACGACUAUCUACUACACAUCAGGGAUUGGCGGAGAUAA